UCUGCAUGCUUUCAUAGUUUACACUCAACACACGACAGAAUCAGAGAAAAUCAGAAAUGGAGAAGAAGCAAGGAAGGCCAAGUACAACCUCACACUGCAAAACCCGAAAAAGAAAACCAGAGAAAAAGAAAGCCCAAAACUUUCACCUCCAAUCCGAUUUCAACUCCACCUUCAACACCAUUUUCGGCCUCUUAAUAUCGUCUCUCCACGCAUUCCACAAACACCCUAAAUCCAAUCUUCCCUUACUCAAGAAAUGCUUAUACAAACUCCGUCUCUCUUUCGAUCAAGACCCGCCAAUCGACCCCAUUAUCUCUCUUCUUCCGACCCUUUUGCGCUCCAAGUGUUCAGGAGUGGCGUCUCGCGGCGCGGAGAUUGUGGGGGCGGCGGCGCUGGAGUCGUUGGAGGUGAACGAGCGAGUCGCAUUGGAUGACGAGACGGUGAGGGCCUUGGUCUCGGCUUUGGGGCGCUCCAACAGGAGAGUUUCCAUGGCUGCCUGUAAUGCGGUUUUGGAUUUGUGUAUUACUUGUGUUGGACGUCAACGUCUCUUGAGUUUCUGCGCGCUUGAGGUUCUUAUAUUUCGCUUCUUUCAGCUUCUUAAUUCUUCAACAGUUUCAGUAUCUCUAUGCGUUGUGGAUAGUGGAAGUGUUAACUGUCCAAAUAUAGGACUUAAAGGAGAUGAGCAUCCAGCAUCACUUCUUAAGGCAGCAACGCAUUUGAUUAACGCCUGCAACAUUGAACAAUUGGAAAAUAUCCCGAGAAAACUAUCUGAAGCUUUCUUGGUCUUUCUAACUGAUAUGUGGGCUCAAGUGCAUAGAACAAUGUUAUCCUUAAAUACUAUGAAAUGCAGCCAAGAAGAGGGACCUUUUAAUAUUAGCAAUUUUAAAAUUGAGGCUUUGGCAGAAAGUGUCUUUAGGCUUUCUGUUAGUGAUGACCGACUUUUUGUGCCUUUGCCAUUGGACAUGGUUCAAAGAGGUAUUUUUGGUCUGAGCAAUUCCGGUUUCGAAGACUUCAUGUUAAAUCUUUGGGAGGUGUCACCCUCUAUUGUAGGGAGACUUUCUGGGGCUUCAUUUGAGAGAGAUAAUAUUUUUAACGCAUUUUUGCAAUCUCUAAAUACUACCGAAACAUUUCCUUCUUUUCUUUCUUCUAUCCUUCAGAUUAUGGUUUCUUGUCUUCCUAUUGCUUCAGAUGAACUAGACAUCCUAAGUUUCUUGAAGGAGGCGAGACAUAAACUAGGUUGUCGUGUAAUCUACCAACAAGACCUACGAGUUCUAAGAACAAAAGGGCAGUUGAAAAAAGAGGAGCAUUUCUUUCCUUUUGUUUUAGAGUCUCAUUUUGCAGAGGAUUCUCAUAUUUUUAAUCUUGAUGACAUUUCGAAAUGUGAAGAAGCAUUUAGAGAGGGCUACACAGUUGCUUUACGUGGUAUGGAGUUCCGAUUUAGUACAAUCGCUGCUAUUGCAGAUGGAUUAGCAUCUCUAUUCGGUCAACCAUCCGUAGGUGCCAAUAUGUACUUGACACCCCCGGAUUCUCAAGGCUUGGCACGGCACUACGAUGACCAUUGUGUGUUUGUAUGCCAGCUUUUUGGGACUAAGAAAUGGAAAGUCUUCUCGCAGUCAAACUUACAGUUACCUCGCUUGUACAAUCCUCUUCCCAACCCACUAUGUUCUGAAGUUGAUAGUUUGGUAUCUGGACGUGAACAGUUCACGUUGACUCAAGGCGAUAUUCUGUAUGUUCCCAGAGGCUUUCUUCAUGAAGCAUAUACUGAACCGGCCACCGCUUCCUCUGGAUAUUCCUUGCACCUCACUUUUGGAAUUGAGGUUGAGCCCCCUUUUGAGGCAAUGAUUCUUUCCAAUAGUGUACGUGCAGCAUAUUAUGAGGAUGGAAAUAUGGAUGUAACUGAUCUGCCAGUCAUGUUGUCAUCGAGCGGAAAAAUUUUGGUAGAAUGGGUAGCUGUCAUAUGGGAGGGAUUUGUCCAUAUUGCACUUUGUUAUUGGAACCAGAGACAAGAACGGUCCAAGUGUUCAGCUGGAAUUGUUUUUGAUGUUUCUGUGGCUUUGUUGCAUAUUGCUAUUAGCCUGAUUGGCAAUUCUGAUCCAAUCUUUCGAAAAGCUUGUUUGGUUGCUGCAACGUCUCCACCAUCACGUUCCGAUGGUUGGCUUGACCUGAACCAGCGGAAACUCUUCUGCCAUUUGAUUGAUCAAGUAAAUGCCAAAUCAAAAUUCACAGAAGCCCUGAGGAAUGUGGAAACCGCAACUCAGAAAAAUGAAGAUCUCUUUCAGCGGAUAAGAUGGCUUCGGAAUCUUGAUUUGAGCGGCAGAAAUUUUGAAAGGCUUGAUUGGAAUAUUCCUUUUAGGGGAACUGAGGAACUGUUUCAAUUAUCAGUUCGAUACAAAUGCGAGUUGGAGGCUGCUUUCAUGCAGGUAAAGUCUAGGUUUUGUUGUGAGAUAUCAUUUGACGAUGUCAAGCAGAGCUAUAGGAUGCUGCUUGAGAAGUAUAGAAAGUUAAGCAUACAUGUUACAAAACUUAUGAGCUAA